GUACCCCCGGCUGCGCCCCCGGCUCCGGAAACGCACCGCGGGGCUGCUGGGCUCGACUAGGCGCGGGUGGCUCCGUGGCGCUUCCUGCCACGCCAGGCCUGCCUGGGCCGCGCCAGCUCCACUCUGCUGAGGGCUGUGUAUCGGUUGCCGCCAGGCCUGGGUGAGGGUGCGGGCCGCUGAAGAGUGUGUGGGAUCUAGGUGAUCGUGCGAGCGGCGGGAAGGACGUGCUAGCCCGACUGAUCACGAAGGAGGCGAGAGGAUGUACGGGCCUGAGUGAGCACACCGAAUCGAGGUGGGACCUUACCUAGCAAACUAAUCAACAGUGUCCAGUGUCAUUCAGAGACAUGAUGAGUCAUCCCUGUGUGUCUCUUUUGGAACUGAACUGAACAUCACAAGCCACCUGCUGUCUUCUGGCCUGAGGACAUUCUGCUGCAGGUCCUUCUUUAGAUGCUCAUGGGAGUCCAGGUAUUUGGGCACCAAACUGCCAGCUCCACCUGCUCCCCAAGGUCUUGCCCUUCCUCAGGACGGAGUCCCGGGAAACCAGGUCCUGGCAGUCCCUCUUGAGAUGCCGGAGGCUCAGGCUUUGGUACCAUCUGAUGAUGUGUGGAACCUGACAAAAAGGGAAUGGUUGAGCCUGGACCCUGAACAGAAGACACUGGCAUAUUAUGGGAACAUGACUUCUGUGGGAGUUCCUGCUUUGAACCCUACCUUGGUCUCGCACCUGGCCCAAGGACAAGUGCUGUUGGUAUCAGACCCAUCCCUCAGUACAGAUCAAGCUAAACACCUGGAAAGCACUUCUAUGACCCACCACCAGACAAUGGAUGUAGAAGUCCAGCCUCAGGAGAUGGCUUCCACGAGCUCCCUAAGGGCCAGUGACCCAAAUGCUGAGGUCAAACAGAAUGGGAACACUGACGGGAGGGGAGGGAACCUACAGAAUCUGCCCAUAGAACACCAUUUUGCAUGUAAAGAGUGUGGAGACACCUUUCGCCUUAAAGUGCUCCUUGUCCAGCACCAGAGGGUUCACAGUGAGGAGAAGGGCUGGGAGUGUGGCGAUUGCAGGAAGGUCUUCAGGGGGGUGUCAGAGUUUAAUGAGCACAGGAAGAGCCACACGGCCGCGGAGCCCAAGCCUGGCCCUAGUCAGGCCCUGGAUGAUGGUGUAGAGAAGAGGGAGCAAAUGGAGAGGGAGGCUAAGCCCUUUGAGUGCGAGGAGUGUGGGAAAAGGUUCAAGAAGAAUGCGGGUCUCAGUCAGCACCUGAGGGUGCACAGCAGAGAGAAGCCCUUCGACUGCGAGGAGUGUGGGCGGUCCUUCAAAGCCAACACCCAUCUCUUCCGACAUCAGAAGCUUCACACUUCAGAGAAGCCCUUCGCGUGCAAGUCAUGCAGCAGAGAUUUCCUGGAUCGCCAGGAACUGCUCAAGCACCAGCGGAUACACACGGGCCACCUGCCCUUCGACUGCGACGACUGUGGAAAGUCCUUCCGUGGAGUCAAUGGCCUGGCAGAACACCAGCGCAUCCACAGCGGUGCCAAGCCAUACGGGUGUCCGCACUGCGGCAAGCUCUUCCGGCGUAGCUCGGAGCUCACCAAGCACCGGCGGAUCCACACUGGUGAAAAGCCCUACGAGUGCAGCCAGUGCGGCAAGGCCUUCCGCCAGAGCUCCAGCCUGCUGGAGCACGCGCGCAUCCACAGCGGCGAGCGGCCUUACGCCUGUGGCGAGUGCGGCAAGGCGUUCCGCGGACCCUCUGACCUCAUCAAGCACCGGCGCAUCCACAGCGGACUGAAACCCUAUGAGUGCGACAAGUGUGGCAAGGCCUUCCGCAGGAGCUCUGGCCUAAGUCGCCACCGGCGGAUCCACAGUGGGGCGAGACGCUGCGAGUGCAGCGAGUGUGGCCGCGUGUUCAAGAGGCGCUCAGCACUGCAGAAGCAUCAGCCCACCCACCGCGAGUAGACGGGCCAUUUGCCCGCCCCCCACUGCUGGUGGGACAAGAGGGGUCCUAAGAGGCCGUUGGUGGAGUCAAAGGAGAUGAAAAGUUUUGUAGUGCUUAUCUAUUUUAUUGUCCAAAAGGUUGAACCAGUUUAUACUGACACCAGCAAUUUCUUAAGUGUACACAUUUCUCAUUAUGCCCAUUGAGAGUAGCUUUUACCAUUUUAACUUAGUUUGGGUAGUUUACCUGGCAGAAAGUACCGUCAAGAGAUUUUGAUCAUCAUGCCUUGAAUGAGAAGAGAAAUUUGGAUGUGGGGGUGGGGAGAGGCCUGGUGGCUCAUCUGCUCCAAGCCCCACUUCUGAAAGAAACAAAUGCAGAGAUGUUCAAUGAUGACAUCAAGAUAUGUGACCCCACAUCUCCCAAAGAGUUUUUUGGCCUACUUGAAUUUAUAAAUUUUUAGGGAUGUAAAUAGAAUACUCAAGUGUCUUAUAAUAUUUAAUUUAUUAAUUUAGUUAUACAUACAUAUUGUAAAUCACAUAUUAUAUAGAAUAAUAUAUUAAUUUAGAAAACACUCCCUUUUGCCACGCUCCAUUUCAAGAAAUCAUUUUAUUCUAACUCCUCAUAUACAUUUUCAACCUCACAGUCUUCACCAACAUGGGAACCCCCUUGAGUCUCAGACCAUAUCCAGUCACUCCAUCUAAUAAUCUAUGCGUGGUAGCACUGUGACAAUCCCUGCAUGAGGCUCUCAUCAGAAACUUCCUCCCAAGCCAUAAGAACAUAUUUAUGUAACGUUAGGACAAUUGUUUUGUGUGUUUCGUAGUUAGUCCUAUAGCUCCACAACAUAGGUACUUAAGGUGGUGCUUUUUCAAAUGGCCUUACAAAAGGCUGGGGGGGGUUGUUUUGUUUUCUUAGAGCACCUGAAGCAUCAUCCUGAGGUCAUACUCCCAGUAAAGAUUACUGAAUGUGGGUUAAAGGUUCUUUGCCUCCUUGUUUCUUAAACCAGUUCAACCUGAUGAUCCCUGUGUAUAUCCAAAACAAGCAUCAAUUGGAUUGUUUCAGCCUAAUGGCUCUUGUCCUCAAGCAGCACUAUUUUAUUCGAAAUAAAGUAGGCGAGAGAGCAGCCCCAAAUAAGAGACACAUCUCCAGGACUCAAGGGUGAGGUGACACUUUCCCACUGAGAACAAAAGCCUCUCCUGGUAUGGGGCCUAGAUGGUACUUCACCAUCCCUCUACUUGCAAAUUUGUAAAAUGGGAGGAAAUCACAGUACCUACCUCCUAAGGUUAUCAAGAAGACUGCCAUCAUGCCUGCAGAGCACUGCAUGUGAUGGCCUGGCACAGAGGUCCGCAUUCAGUGAAGAUGAUCUGCUGACAUUGUACUUCUUGUUAUCAUUUUACAGCUCAUUAGUACUAGAACUGGGAAUGGACCCAGGCCUCCUGACUACUAGCCUCAUCUUUCUUUCCUUCAAUGACUUAAAUACAGAUUCUGUUUUCUUGCAUGCAAAUUGUACGUUCAUCUCCUUUGACUAGUUAUCAAGUUACCUUUGAAUAUAUUGACUUUAUAUAGCAA